AUCGGAAUUUGAUAAGAAAAAGUUGAACUUGAAAAUUGAAAGUUUAUAUUAUACAUUAAAAAGUUAUACGAAACGAGAUCCACAAGUUCAAAGUUGUAUUUUACCUGAAAUUCCGAAAACUUCGAUAUUUCUCCUUCCCAAUCAAGUGAUGAUCUUAUGACCGAUAGUGAUUUUGUAUUCUGCAGAAAGCUGUUUUUUCAUUCCAGUAUAGAAUCUUCACCGAAUCGAUGGAUAUUUCUAAAUUGAUCAUCAACGUGAAUACCUUCACGAAAUACUUUUCAUCAAACGCUGCUACGUUAAAGUCACUGUUGGGACAGUUGGAAAAAUCCAUCAAUAACGUUCACGAUCAACUAGUCUCCCUUUCCAUUAUAAACGAAGCUCAGCUGCCGCUGAAUGUUGUUGAAAAACAUCCGUGUCUGAAACAGAGAGUUACAAACUGCGUGUCUACAUUGAUAGACGAAGAAAUCAGCGAGAUCGAACGUCACAUGCAACUUCUAGAAGAAAUUACGACCAAUUUGAACAAACACUAUAGAAAAAUCGAACACAAUAUGUCGAAAUUAAAUUGGGAAGAAGUUCCUCAAUUUCACGCGUCCGCCUUGAUUGAAAUAACACGCUGGUCAGAGAAGUGCUCCAAAUACUUUCAUCUAAUAUUGUGCAAUAUUACAAGCGCUGUAAAAAUGUUCCAUUUGGACGCUUCACUUUCUAGUAAAUGGUUUAAGAAUACAUGCGAUUAUUCCAGUGAAACCGGAAACCUCAUUUUUGAUCAUCCUGCGGUGGAAAUGUUUUCAUUAGUCGAGAAAGCCAUAUUCAAUUCCUGAGUUAUGUUGGUGCUGGCUGUGUAGAUCCGUUCAAAAAUUCAUUGAAAGUUAGACCUUUUGGAUUGAAAUAUGUAAAAUGGUAAGAUAUUUUGCCAUUACGUAUUACGCGCUUACUAGACAAUUCAUGUUCCAACUUAUAUGCUCUCAGAUCUGUUUUGAAAUAAAGAAGAAAUCUUGACUGGUGCGUAGUGAGGAAAUUUCGAUUUCUUAUAAACGAAG